CUCACACUCCCACUUUCUUCUGUUUUUCUCACACACACCACACACUUUAUUCUUCACCGACAACUUCCACACUCAAAAUCACAAGCAAACAACAAAGCAAUCCAUCACUUCCAACCAACAAAUCAUCACCAACCAAGAAUUCUAAUUCCCACUCAUCUCAGUCACAAUGAAGUCCUACAUUGCCAUCACUGCUGUCGGCGCCAUCAUCGGCGCUGCCGUCAACGGUAUGCCCGUUCUGGAUAACCAGGCUGCUGUCAACGGCCUUGGUAUUCAGAUUCCCGCUCAGGCUGGCAUCGCUGGCUUGAAGCAUAACAUCCGCAAGGAUAUUGGCUUCAACGCUUCCAAGCCCAUCAUGAGCAUCAGCCACGAGGCCUUGGUUGUUCACCAGAAUACCACCAUGGCCGACUACAAGCAGCCCAUCGCUACUGAGGUCAACAAGUGCACCACUUUCCCGAUCAGCGAGCCCGCUCUUGGCCUCACUGGCAUCAUGGAGAUGUGCGCUCCCAUGAAGACCACUCUCAACAUGGACAUUGGUACCAAGACCACUCUUGGGCAGGUCAACGCUCCCGUCGUCACCGCUCCUCACAUCACCUCGGUUCUCUCUAUGGAGAUUGCCACGGCUGCUCCUGUCGAGCAGUCUACCACCAUGGAGAUCCACGAGCGCAUCUCCAGCUGGUGCGUCACCGCGACCAGAACCGAUGGCUCCAAGCCCUACAUCUGCACCGCCGGUCUGGAUGAUUACCCUCGUCCCACUGGCACUGCCACCUUCAUCUACACUCCCUUCUCCGGCCCUACCCCCACUACUCCUUCCUUCUUCCUCACUACCUUCAGCGAGGACCCUGCCAUGCCCUCGAGCGCUCCCGACUCCACUCCCUUCGCUGCUCCCACCACUUCGGAGCCCAGCUUCUUCCUCACUACCUUCAGCAAGGAUCCCGAGAUGGUCGCCGCCGCUUCUACCUCGACUCCUCUUGCCACCUUGUCCACUGAGGCUACCAUGAUCGGUGCCCCGGUCUUCACUCGUGCUUCCACUGUCGAGCCCGUAAUCACUGAGACUCAGACUGUCUUUGUUACGGCCUCGGCUUAGGUCUCAUGACACCUUUACACUCAUGUGAUCUCAACAUCUCGAGAAGUUUGGGAAGGAACCUGGAUCGGUGGAUUCUGGGCAUAUCUGUGGAGGAUUCAUUUUCAUUCAUGGGAACACUUGGGAUUCAAAAAGGACUGGGUUUGAGAACAGGCAUCAGGGAGGAUUUGGGUCCAUGGGUCAUUCAUUCUUUAUUGUGAUUAAGCUUCGACGAGUAUCAGGUUUUCGUUCGUCGUUGGCAGCUACAAGCUGCUCGUUGAUAUCAGCAGCAAAGGCUGCUUAUCUGGUGUGACAAAGAAUACACUGGCAAUGCAAACAAACCUCUUUCUCCUUCUCUUUGUGAAUUUGUGUGACCUGUGAUGUCUUUCCGUAUGGGCU